GUGGGGGUGAUCCUUUGGAAAACUGCACCGUGAGGUCGCCGGUGUAGCCAAGAUCCUUACUUUUUUUUUUUUUAUUAUUUCCUGCAUCUGAGCUGUGUUGACCAGCAAGCAGGUGGUAUACAGAAGUGAGGUCCUGCGAUGCAAGCCCAAGAUCUCCUGAGACAGCUGCGGAUCCCGGAGCUGGGGGAAGUGCGGCAGUACGUCCGCAGCCUCCCCACCAACACACUGAUGGGAAUGGGAGCCUUCGCCGCCGUCACCACCUACUGGUUCGCCACCCGGCCCAGGGCCCUCAAACCGCCCUGCGACCUCAGCAUGCAGUCCGUGGAGAUCGAGGGGGGCGAGUACGCCCGCAGGUCAGUGCUAAUGGACGAAGGCAAGCCCAUGACUCACUUCUACAGCGACGCUCUCACCAUGUACGAGGUGUUCCUCCGGGGUGUGCGGGUGUCCAACAACGGCCCCUGCCUGGGAUCACGCAAGCCGAACAAGCCGUACGAGUGGCUGUCCUACCAGGAGGUGGCGGACAAAGCCGAGUACCUGGGGUCCGCGCUGCUGCACAGGGGACACUCCCAGGCCGGCGACAAAUUCAUCGGUGUCUUCGCACAGAACAGGCCAGAGUGGACGAUCGCGGAGCUGGCCUGUUACACGUACUCCCUGGUGUCUGUCCCCCUAUACGACACGCUGGGCACAGAGGCCAUUGGCUACAUCAUUGACAAAGCCGCCAUCUCCACGAUAGUGUGCGACGUCCCCAACAAAGCCAGCCUCAUCAUGGACUGCGUGUCGGGCCGGGAGCACACGGUCCGCACCAUCAUCCUCAUGGAGCCCUUCGACGCCGACCUGGUGGCCAGAGGGCAGAAGUGUGGCAUCGAGAUCCUCAGCCUGAAGGACGUGGAGGGUAUAGGGAAGGUCAACCACAGGAAACCUUUGCCCCCCAACCCGGACGACCUGGCUAUCAUCUGCUUCACCAGCGGAACCACAGGAAACCCAAAGGGUGCCAUGCUCACGCACAGAAACGUGGUGUCCAACUGCUCUGCCUUCAUUAAAAUAACCCAGGGUGAGCUCCGGCCCUGUCCGGACGACGUCCUCAUCUCCUUCCUGCCUCUGGCGCACAUGUUUGAGAGAGUCGUGGAGGGGGUCAUCCUGUGCCAUGGAGGCCGGAUCGGUUUCUUCCAGGGGGACAUCCGGCUCCUCAUGGACGACCUGAAGAUGCUGCGGCCAACCGUGUUCCCCGUGGUGCCCCGCCUGCUCAACCGCAUGUUCGACAAGAUAUUCGGACAGGCCAACACCCCGUUGAAGAGGUGGCUGCUGGACUUUGCCUCCAGGAGAAAGGAGGCGGAGCUUCGGAGCGGGGUCGUGAGGAAGGACAGCAUGUGGGACAAACUCAUCUUCAGCAAAGUGCAGGCCAGCUUGGGAGGACGUGUUCGGCUAAUGAUCACUGGGGCAGCCCCCGUGUCCCCGACUGUACUGACAUUCCUGCGUGCGGCACUGGGCUGCCAGUUCUAUGAGGGGUAUGGCCAGACGGAAUGUACGGCAGGGUGCACAAUGUCCAUGCCUGGGGAUUGGACAGCAGGUCACGUUGGGGCUCCACUGCCCUGCAACACUGUGAAGCUUGUGGAUGUGCCAGAUAUGAAUUAUAAUGCAGCCAAUGGAGAAGGAGAGGUGUGUGUGAAAGGACCAAACGUUUUCCAGGGCUACCUGGAGGACCCAGAGAAAACCGCAGAAGCCAUCGAUAAGGACGGCUGGCUCCACACGGGUGACAUCGGAAAGUGGCUUCCCAACGGCACUCUGAAGAUCGUGGACAGGAAGAAGCACAUCUUCAAGCUGGCCCAGGGCGAGUACAUCGCGCCCGAGAAGAUCGAGAACAUCUACAUCCGCAGCGACCCCGUGGCGCAGGCGUUUGUUCACGGGGACAGCCUGCAGGCAUGCCUGGUGGCCGUCAUAGUGCCAGACCCUGACAUCGUGCCUGGCUGGGCCAAGAAGAGGGGCUUCGAGGGGUCCUACGCCGACCUGUGCAAGAGCAAGGAGCUGAAGACGGCCAUCUUGGAGGACAUACUGAGACUGGGCAAAGAGGGAGGUCUGAAGUCCUUUGAGCAGGUGAAGGACAUUGCUCUGCACCCUGAGAUGUUCUCCGUCCAGAACGGCCUCCUGACCCCAACCCUGAAGGCCAAGCGGGCCGAACUGAGGAACUUCUUCAGGGAGCAGAUCGACCAGCUCUACUCCAAAAUCAAGAUGUAGCACAUAAUAGGGGCCACGAUGGCGGGGGGGGUUUGGUGGCCCACAAUCAACCAGAAGCCAUAGCCCCAUUUGCCCUCGUGCCGGUUGCCAAGGAGACGGCGUAAUCAUCUCACAGGCCUUUUUUUUUUUUUUCCUUUUUAAAAUCUGGCAGAUGUUGACAUGCGGUCGGACCCCCGCCCCCGGUCCGAACGGUCAACGGGCAGGAACGACAGAGACGACAGGAUGAGAAUGGAGGAAACCAUUGCCUUAUUCGCACCCGCGUGUUGGUCGAAUGCCUUACCUUACCCCCCGUGUGAAGCACAGAACAGCUUCCCCUGCUGCUGGCUGCGAGGAUUUGCUGCCUGGGGUUACUCUGAUGGUUUCCUGUAACCAAUUACUAAGGUCCGUUAAAGGGCACCUAUGGCUGUUAUCUUGCUUUUUAAAUGAUCUUCUAACGCGUAUCUCUAUGUGGAGCUUAAAAAACGAAUUUUAAGUUUUACAUGAAAAAAGAAGAAAUCUAUGAAGAACCCCAGGCAGAGUGUGGUUGGAUUUACCAACUGCCAAUAAGUCAAUAGGCUUACGAGGCUGAUAUGUAACAAUAUGUAAAAACGUUGCACGUCCAACAAAACUCUUCCCCUGGGUUUGUACCUAACCAUCCUAGGUGCCAUUUAAGCUACACAUUUCAUAUAGGUCUGUUACCUGCUGCAGAGCCUGAUUGCUACUUCGUUGUUUGUUGGAAGCACUAAGCUUGUCACCACAGUGACUGGGAUUGGGGGGUGGGGGGGGAUGUUACUGUGUGAAUUGCAAUCUUGCCUCAGUUUUUAAUUGCAGUAUGUAUAUAGCUACCUAUUUAAAUAUGUUUUUGUUCUUUUUUUUUUUUUAAAUGAGUUAUGAAUAUUUAAUGUCAUCGGUGGAUGUAAAUUAUGCUACAGUGAAUCAGUAGGCUGAAAUCGGGUGACUGCCGGUGGAGGAGGUAGGCAUUGUGUGUUGUUGCUCCAGUUCCUGUUCUUUGUCGUUUUGUUCUAACCUUGGACCUAUUCAGCGGGGAGAGAGAGAGAGAGAGAGCGGGAUUCUGCUGGAGAAUAGCGCUGUCUGCAGCCUGUAGUGAUAGGAACAUGAGUGCUUCAUCGUGCUGGUUUUAAUCGUGGGUUUGUGCAACGUGUUUCUGUGUGUCUGUUACCAGAUAGAAUUUCUUUCUUUUUUUUUUUAACAAAAUGAAUUCUCUUUUUGGAGGGGUGGGGUGGGGGUUUUGUGGUGUGCCAUGAACUGACUGGAGUGCCAGAAUGGACAAAAAAAUGUAUGAAGUAUGACGUUGACAAGCUAUUCACACACACACGCACGC